CCCAGGGGAGGGGCUUGGGGCGCAUUUGCUGGUGCCGAAGCGGAGAGCGCAGCGCCCCCGGAGCCCGCCCCGUCGAGUCCUCCUCCUGCCAUCUACCUAGCCGGCCGCUCCGCGCCACUCUCCCUGCCGCCAGGAUGUCUCGGCCACUGUCCGACCACGAGAAGCGCAAGCAGAUCAGCGUGCGGGGCUUGGCGGGCGUGGAGAACGUGACGGACCUGAAGAAGAACUUCAACCGGCACCUGCACUUCACCCUCGUCAAGGACCGCAACGUCGCCACCCCGCGCGACUACUACUUCGCCCUCGCCCACACAGUCCGCGACCACCUCGUCGGGCGAUGGAUCCGCACCCAGCAGUACUACUACGAGAAGGACCCCAAGGUGGGAGAGCCCGUCUGGGAAGGAGGAGGAAGAGGAGGAGAUCAAAGGAGCGCGGGAGGGGGGAGAGGUCCGGAGGGGGGAGGGGCUCGUGGCCCCCAGCCGAGGGAGGACCCUGGGCCCAUAGGAGCCCCCCCAAAUAUUUGAGUCCCCCCACAAGUUGAUGGGUACUGACAUUCAAAUGGUAUGGGUGAGCUCCGUCAUGUGAUCAAUAUACGGGGCGGUGCUUACUUGCCCCCCCCCUACCUGGGCCGGUGGAGGGGUGUGGGUGUCCGCUCAGGGUUGCCCCCCCUCCAAAGUCGGCUGGGGGAGGGAGCAAGGAGUUUACUCCUUUCCUUCAGUGAGACUAGACGGUGACCUGGGAGGAAGGAUUGGGGAGGGGGAAUACUUUUUUUUUGGGGGGUGCUCCUUCAAGUACUUCUGUGGAGCGUCUGCCUCCUGCCUGACCUUUCGCACUCCGUGCCUUCUUCGAACUGGUGUCAGCCUCCCCCCCCCCCGGGCUCCUCCCGGUGUCUUAUUCCGGACCCCCCCCCCCCGCGUGCCCUUUGCAUGUCUGGGUUCCAGCAAGCUCCGUCCUCUCGCUCCCCGUGGCUCCAGGGGUCGAAGCUGCCCCUCCGGAGGGCGGGGCGACAGGGGAGGCGGGGUAUCCAAGCCAGUCUUCGGUCGGGGGUAUUAAUAGCUGCUUAAGACGCUUCCCCGCCGCCUGCGGGAGAGAGAGGCCACCUGCUCCCAUCCGCGGGUCAGGAUGGAGGGCCAAAAAGCCCUAAGACGCCCACCUGAAGCUUGGAGAGCAAAACCCCUUCUGUUUGGGGGUCUGUUAGGGGGAGAACUUCUGCAUGCCAAGCAGGUGUUCCACCCCAAGGCUCCAGCCCUUCGCUUUGAGCUCUGCAGGCCUCAGGUGGUAGGUGAGGGAAAGAAAUGCGACCCCCCCUCCCAGUUUCCAUCCAGUAGUAUUCAGAAACAUUGCUGCCUUCCGCCAUCAUGGCUAGCAGCCAUCAACAGCCCCCCACUCAAUUAAUAUGUCUACUCCUCCGUUAAAGUCAUCCAUGUGGGUGGCCUCCUGCAGCAGGGAGUUCCAUAGUUUAUGUUCUGUGUGGAUCACUAAGCUGACCUGGCUUCAGGUUCAAAGACCAAGCAAAGCAGCCCCCCCCCCCAACUUUCAUUCCGCAUACCCAGUUGCAUUUGAACAUCCAGGAGAUCUGCCCCACCCACCCCAAUUUCAGCCUUCCAGAGAUUGGGGUGGGGGUAGGGGUGGGGUCUCCAGGUAUCUGCCUCCCUCUCUGCAUCACAAAGGGAUGGGCCUGGCCAGGGGAGGCAGCUCCUUCCCGUCCUCUUUAAAUUUAGCCCAGCCUGACAUUUGCUGUGAACUUUUGCCAUUUAAUUUCGGGAUAGGCCUGUGUCAGCAGCACCAGGGCUCCGGGGGAAGGACACCAGAUACAGCUGGCAGCAGCAGACCCAAGAUGGGCCGGUCUCGGCUUGCGGAGCUUGGAAAGGUCAGCCGGCCGGUGGAGGAACAGCAGCAGCAGUGGUGGGCCUUGCGUUCUGGUUCUGGAGGGGUACCUGGCCGCAGGUUCCUUCUGCCAGAGGAAACACCUUUACUUUGUGAUGCCUCCUUGCCUGCUGCUCAUUCCCAGUAUCUCAAAAAGGGGCUUAGUUUGUGCUGGCAACCACACCAGUGCUGUGGCUGAGUCCCAGGACGUAGAAUCAAAGAAUGUGAGAGUCUGAAGGGGGGUCUGGGAGGUCAUCCAGCCCAACCCCCACCUCAGCGCAGGGUGCAAGCUGGACUUUGGUAUCACUGAUGGCUGGUUGCCCAGUUUCUGCUUAAGUAGCUCUAGCAAAGGAGAGGAAGGGAGAGGGAGCACUCACGACCCCCCUGAGGCAAGACUGCCUCACUGGCCGAGGGCUCUUCCUAUUAGGAAAGUUGCCUUGAUGUUUAGCCAAAAUCUGCUCUUUCCCUGCAAUCUCCACUCUUUGGUUCAUGUCUGCUAGCUCUCCAAAGAAACCCAUAUUGUGCUCCCCCCCCCCCCAUUUACAGAGAGGGGUUUAAGAAUUAGAGACGUAUGAAACAACAAACAAUAGGAGUGCCUCUGAGAAUGCUCAGAGUGUCACAGUCAUUCCUGAGGACAUGGAUUCAUGGAGUGAGAAAUGUCAAGGGGGCUCGAUCCCACCCAGAGCUCACCAGGUGACCUGCCCUGGACUCCGGCUCUGCUCAUUCCAGCUGUGUGGAGGAGGCUGGAUCUCAUCUGUCACUGGUGGGAAGUCAUUCUCACGGAGCCACGAUGCUGCUGCUGCUGCAGUAAAUUUACACUGAUUCUUAUUUUAAGUUGAGGACCAGAGUGGUCAGAGGACAGGAGAGAUUUUGCUCCAAACCUCUACUCCAGGAGUGAGCAAACUUUUUCAGCAGGGGACCGGUCCACUGUCCCUCAGACAUUGUGGGGCGCCAGACUAUAUUGGGGGGGGGGGGAAUGAAUGAAUUGCUAUGCCCCACAAAUAACCCAGAGAUCCAUUUUAAAUGAAAGCACGUAUUCUACUCCUGUAAAAACACCAGGCAGGCCCCACAAAUUACCCAGAGAUGCAUUUUAAAUAAAAGGACACAUUCUACUCAUGUAAAAACAUGCUGAUUCCUGGACUGUCUGUGGGCCGGAUUUAGAAGGUGAUUGGGCCAGAUCUGGCCCCCGGGCCUUAGGUUGCCUACCCAUGCUCUACUCAGUCACUCUGCCCACUGGGCAACCUUAGUCUCUCUUUUAGCCUAAUCUCCCUCAUAGGGUUGUUGUGAAGAUAAAUUGAGAGAGAACCCUGCAAACUGCCUUAAGCUCAAUGGAGAAAAGGCAGAAUAUAAAUUAUUAUUAUUAGUAGCAGUAGUAGUGGGGAGCCUGCAACAAAAUGUUGCAGUGUAGUGUGGCAUGUGCUGCACUUCAGGUUCCAGCCGAUCAACUCUGCCAUUUUCCAGCACCUUCUCUUUCCUUCCUCUGGGUCCCCGCCCCCAAUAGCAUUCAGAUUAUAUCAUGCACAGUUCUUAUUUGGCUGUGGUUAUGUUUGUUUCUUUGUUUUUGCAGAGUGGGGUCUCUAAUAAAUGUUUUCUGUACUUCUGCAAACUUUGCAUUUCCCCAACCCUGCAGAUACUUUCUUAGUUUGAAUGGUUGAUGACCUUUUGAUUAUGUAAGGGUCCAUACCCAGAGAAAUCAAGCUAGCUAAUGGUAUCUGCGGUACGCGUGUGCAUUCAAGCAGGGCUGAACUCACUGGAGGAAUGGUAGGCUGUAGAUCACAUGUAUAAAUAAAUAUAUUAGUGCUGCUAAUGGUUAGUAAGUCGUGGUAGCAAGCCUGGGCACCAACAAAGGUCCCUUAGAUGGAGCUUCUUCUUGAGGGGAUGAGUAUUUUGCAAGCACUCAGCUGGAGAACGCCAAGAGUUUGGCUGGUGGCAGGAUGUCCUAUCCCAGGCAUUGACCACACUGGGAAUCCUGCUGUUCAGAAAUGUUUCUGGUUGCACAUUUAGUGCGGGGAAAUGAUCUGCAAUGAGCACUUUAAGUGGAGCGACAGAAUAUAUGUAGGAGUAGGAAAGCAGGGUGCCUCUGAGCAUGUACAGAGUGCCUGUCUCUCCCCCCCCUAACAGCACCAUCUAGUGCAUCUUCACUCAGAAGCAAAGUCCUUCUGCCUUCAUUCCUCACCCCGGGCUUACGUGCUAGCGCAUGUGCCUAGGGCUGCAGCCUCAGUAACUCUACCCAGUUCCCAAAAUAUCCAGGAAUCGAGAUUAGGAUAGCAUAGCAAAUAAACUCACAUUUACUAGCAUUGCCUGCUUCUCUGCCGCCGGACUGUGUCAGCCAGCCAUUGAGAAACAAAUUAACACUAUUUUUGCCCCCAAAUAAAAUGUGCCCUAAAACUGAGCAAACAUUUGUAAAGUUUUGCUGCCUGUUCUAUCUAUCUCUCUAUCUCUAUCUAUCUCACAUUGCUUUUUGAAUAUCUCAGAGGCAUUCCUUACUGGGACACAGGCUGAUCCAGAUGAGGAGAGGCUGGGCUUAUCAGGAGGUGGGAUCUGCUUGCCAGAUUGAAGCCCCUCUAACAAUGCUGACACAAUACUACAUACCGUAUUUUUCGCUCCAUAAGGCGCACUGAACCAUAAGGCGCACCUAGUUUUUAGAGGGGGAAAUCAAGAAAAAAAAUAUUAUUCCCCAGCCCCAAAGAGCAAAGAAGCCAAGACAGCGAGCGGGAUCCAUCCUGCUGGCUGUCUUGGCUUGUGCCAUAGCCGCAUGCAGCCUCUCCCGGCCGGAGAGGUUGCAUGGGGCUAAAAAGGAAGCCAAGACAGCAAGCGGGAUGGAUCCUGCUUGCUGUCUUGGCUUCUUUAGCCGCAUGCAGCCUCUCCGGCUGGGAGAGGCUUCGCGUGACUAUGGCAAUUCCCCCACCUCCCGCAAAAGCCCACAAGAGCUGCGCAGCCUUUAAGGAGUGCGCAGCUCCUGCGGGCUUUUCUACAAGGAGGGAGAAGGGACUGACUGGCCGCGUCAGUCCCUUCUCGCUCCUGGGGAAAAGCCCGCAAGAGCCACGCAGAGCUUGUGUGUGGCUCUUGGGGGCUUUUCCUGCCUGCCUCCCCCCUGCAUUCGCUCCAUAAGAUGCACACACAUUUCCCCUUACUUUUUAGGAGGGAAAAAGUGCGUCUUAUGGAGCGAAAAAUAUGGUAAAGAUAAUACAUUGAUGUGUUGUUUUCUAAAACUUCAGAGAGCUUUGCUUACAUUAUCUCCAUCCUUAUAACACCCUUUCCCAGUCCACUCCUGUUGUUCCCCUGCAUGUGGGCUGAACCCAGCCAUGGCUGGUUGGCCCCCCAAGUACCAUGUGGCUGAGUGUCCUACCUCACAGAGGACAGUCCUCUUCCAAGUUCUGUUUAAAUCUAAAAGAACUGCAAGAAAGGAGAGCAGCUGGGCAGACGGUGUGUGGAGGCCUUGAAGCCAGUGUGGCCUAGUGGUUAGAAUGCCUGAUUGGGCCCUGGAGGACCAAUGCUCAAAUCCCCACUCAGCCAUGAAGUAAUAAUAAUAAUAAUAAUAAUAAUAAUAAUAAUAAUAAUAUACUUAUUCCCCGCCCAUCUGGCUGGCUUUUCCCCGCCACUCUGGGCAGUUUCUAACAAAAGCUUCCCUAAACAGGGCUGCCUUCAGAUGUCUUCUAAAAGUCUGGUACUGUAGUUGUUUAUUUCAUUGACAUCUGGUGGGAGGGCAUUCCACAGGGCGGGCGCCACUACCGAGAAGGCCCUCUGCCUGAAGCUCUGUGGGGAGUGACCUUGAGCUCGGUCACUGCUUCUCAGUCUAACCUACCUUACAGGGUUGUUGUGGGAGUUAAAUGAGGAGACGAAGAACCAUGUAUGUCACCUUGAGCUCUUCCUGAAAAAUAGUGGGAUAGAAAUGCAAUCAGGGCUUUUUCCCCCCAGCCAGAACUCAGUUCUGGCACCUCUCAGGUGGGUGCCAUUGCCAUUAUAAGUGGGGUGUUCAUAGUGAGUUCCAGCACCACCUCCUCCUCCUUAUUAUUAUUAAAAUAGCACUGAAUGCAAUAUAGAGAGCAACCGAGCAGGCACAUAGGCUGGCUGGUCUGUUGUCGGUGAGAUGCAUUACUUUUCUAUGUAACUUACAAUAUUUCUAAAUUUGCUCCUAUAACAUCCAAAAAGAGAUGUUGCCUUUGUCUCUCUCUUUGCAAUGCAGAAGUGGCCACACGGCUACCACCUAAGUUCCUGGUAGAAUAGAGGGGAACUGUCAGGAGAGGGACCUGUAGCCCUUUCUUGGCAGGCAGGCGGGCAGAAAGGGCCACGGUUGAUCCCUGGCAUCUCCAGGGGUGAGUAGAUAAAAGGUCUGUGUGUCACUCUGGAGGCCGAGGUGGACAAGCUGCCUGUUCUAAUACAAGGCAGGUUCCUGUGCUCCCAGGAGGGACCACUGGCACACAGCAGGGGCUGGGUUCAGCCCCUGGGUAGGGCUGGAAAAGACUUCUUUUCGUAAGGCUGGAGAGCUGCUGCAAGUUUGUGUAGACCAGAGGUAAGCAAUGUGGUACCUCUCACCAGCCCCUGCAGGCAGCACAGCCAAUGGCCAGGGAUGAUGGAAGCAGCAGCAGACUUGGGUCUUUCAAAUUCCCGCAGCACCCUGUGCAAGGCCAAAAUUUGGUCCCUCCAACCUCUUGCCUUCCGUUCUGCUCAAUUCACUAUGUUGUAGCUGCGGCGCCCCCUAGGCUCAGUGUCCAGUGCAAAAGUACUGGUCACACUGCCCUAAGUCCGCCUCUGAUGGGGGCUGUAGUCCAAUAACACCUGGAGGUUAUAUGGGUCAAUAGCAUGACUCACUGUAUCCCUAUGUAAAUCAGCCUUUUAUCCAAAACUGCGAGGACUGGAGCCUCCUUUUUUUUUUGUUUAGCUAGAUCAGCCAAUAGCCUGAUUUGGUAUAAGGCAGUUUAAUAGGGGCUGUGUGGCUCACAUCUGCUGCUUUCAGCCAGUGGCUCAGGCAGGCUUUAUAUAUUACAAAUUUCAAAUCAUGAAACAGAAAUGCAAAUUGUGAAAUAAGGCUGCAGUUCUAGACGUACUUACCUGGGAUUAGCUGUGUUGAUCACACUGAGUCUUUAUUUCGGAGCCGACAUGUGUGGAAUGAUACAGUCAAUCUGGUAUUGAUGAGCUAUAAAACAAAUGGGCCAUAUCCGCUGAAGAAGAGGGCUCAUCAUUAUGCCAAUAAUGAACAAAGCGUUUUAAAGAUAAGUGAUUGUGCCCUUGCUUGCCCCCUGCACCCCAUCCAUGACUUGCUUUCUUCACUGGCAGGUGGACCAGCUGCAGGAACUGUUGGUGCAUCAGGGAGUUCCAGCAGUGUUUAGUUCAUGUCAGCGGCAUGUCUCGAGUGCCCCCAAAGCAGUGGGGCUCUUCUGCUGCUCCCCAGAGCCCCUCAGCCUGUAGGGAGCGGGAUCCUGCCUCCAGUCUUGACCACUCAUACCCUCAAGGAAUUUGCUUCUUCCCUCCUGCGUGGCAAAGUCUCACUGCCACGAAUGAGGCACAGUAAAUUGAGCAAUGGUGGUUUAGGCUUUGCUUCGCAACAGCCCCUCUGGAAAAGUGGGGCAUGUUUGUUAUGUCUUGGUGAAAUAAGAUACAAGAAAAUGGUCACCCGGAUACGUUACUGGGGAUGAUGUAAACUAUUAUGGAGUUAUUAUAUAUGUCCAAUUAUAUACAGUGGUACCUCAGGUUACAGACGCUUCAGGUUACAGACUCCGCUAACCUAGAAAUAGUACCUCGGGUUAAGAACUUUGCUUCAGGAUGAGAACAAAACCUCACGUUAAGAACAGUUUCAGGUUAAGAAAGGACCUCCAGAACGAAUUAAGUUCUUAACGUGAGGUACCACUGUAUCUAUUUUUUCCUAUGAGUAUUCCUUCCCACCCGUCAAUCUGCCAGCCACCUUUUCCUGGUACUAAGCUCUAGUUUACUAUAAUACUUAUUUCAAAAAGAGUUAAAAGUAUUGUUCUCAGUGCCAUAUUUAUAUUUGCGGAACUAAAGAAAAUCUAUUGUGUUUCGAAACAACAAGAAGCCGAAGGUGACCAAGGCGUAACAUCUUGUUCAAUAAAAACAACGCAAUGGUGAUAAGAACAACAAUCCAAAUCUAAUCCUCUCCGUGGGAGACGGCAGCGCACAGUUUCUUCCCAUAAACACAACAGAAGCGCACAGGUCCACCUUUGCUCCUCUCUAACUCCUCCUCAAUCUUCUUCCUCCUGCAGCGCAUCUACUACCUGUCUCUGGAGUUCUACAUGGGGCGCACUUUGCAGAACACCAUGGUCAACCUGGCCUUGCAGAAUGCCUGCGAUGAAGCUACCUACCAGGUUUGGGGCCUGCCAAGGGGCCUGGGGUGUGUGUGGAUAAGGUGGUUGGUGGUGAUGGGCCAAGGAGGCUUGGGAGAUUCCUGGGGCUGGGGGCUUCCCCCCACCCCCACCUGAGCUAAUUCAACCCCCUCUCCCCUCCGCACCCUCCUUUUGUCCAACAGCUCGGCCUGGACAUGGAAGAGCUGCAGGAGAUCGAGGAAGAUGCUGGCCUGGGUAACGGAGGGCUCGGGCGCCUGGCAGGUGAGCCACCAGAGGAGGGGCUGCCACUCGGUGGCUGAACCCCUGCUUUGCAAGCACCUCUCUCUCCCUGGCAGCAUCUCCCGGUGGGGCUAGGAUGACCGUGGCCUUCCUGUGGCUGCCGAAGAUCUCGGGAGCGCACUCAUGUGUUGACGGUCUUCCUCGUCCUCCCAACAUGGCUGUCCCAUGGAAUCAUAGAAUGGGAAGGGACCCCGAGAGGCAUAGCUGUCAACCAUCCCAUAUUUGGCGGGAAAGUCCCUUAUCCCAGCACUGUGUCCCUCUGCUGUCCCUUACUGAUGAUGUCCCUUAAAUUUCCUGGGUUUCAAAGGAAGCAGCUCCUCUCCCUCCCUUCCUGCUGGCCAGGGAGGAGGGAGGCUCCAACUGUGUUGCUUGGCUGUGUUGCUCACCCAAUAAGGAGUCUAAGAACGACUGGGGGGGUGGAGCUUGAAUGCCUUGUGCCAAUCAAAUUGGCCGCAUUGCCUGGGGACUCGCCUUUGCUCAGCGCUUCCCAGCGGAGAGGUGAUGGUGGUUUUCCUUGCUGCAUCCCCUUUGCCGGGUUGCUGCGCUGUGGGAACCACCGCUUGAGGCUCCGUUUGGCUGCUGGCUGGGCUUUCUGCCUUUGGCUUGGAGGGGCUCAGAACACACCUGUGCUCGGAAAAUCCCUUAUUUUGGCUGCUGAUCCCUUAUUUUCGAGGCUGCUGGUCCCUUAUUUUCAAAUCUGUAAGUUGACAGCUAUGCCGAGAGGCAUCUAUCCCAACACCUGCAGGGCAGGAAUCAGAGUUAAGGAACCCCUGACAGUGAAGGGGAGUCCGAAUGCUAAAUAAGAUGCUAGACUAAAUAACUGAGCACCACUUAACUUAGAAGUUUUUAAGAAAAUAAGUAAGACUGUGAAAGUUUAACUCUUUAUGAGAACUAUAAGAUUAUGAAACAUUGAAGAGAUAUAAGAAUUUUAAAUAAGAUGAUAAAUUGCUGACAAAAUGUUAUAACGAUGAAAGUGGGAGCGGGGGAUGUGAGGAAGUCCAAAGAAAAUGUGAAACUAUGUUAAGACAAAUGUUAUAUUGUUUAUUAUGUUUAUUUUUAUUGUAAAACCCAAUAAAUUGCUUUAAAAAAAAAAAAAAGACAGUGAAGGGGAGUCCACCAGCUCCUGAUGGAGUCCAUUCCACUGUCAAACAGCUCUUACUGCCAGAAAGUUCUUCCUAAUGUUUAGUCGGGAUUUCCUUCUUUGUCACAAGAGUCCACUGAUGCGGGUCCUCCCCUCCGGAGCAACAGAAAACAAGCUUGCUCCUUUUCCCUUGCGUUUGCCAAAUUGAUGUUUUUUGCCAUUUUAAAAUUUAAUAAUAAUAAUAAUAAUAAUAAUUUUUUAUUUAUACUCCAUCCUUCCCGGUUCAGAAAACCGGGCUCUGGGCAGCUAACAACAAAUUUAAAACACUUAAUUGAUGCAAAAAACAACAACAACAUCAAAACCCAGCAUAAAAUACAGUAUAAAACGUGAAUAACAAUAAAUUCAGAAUUUAAAAAUCAAUUUAGGGGGGAAAUCCAUCCAAUAAACAUUAGAUGAUCACCAGGGCUCGCUGGCUAAAUUAGUCCUAUACUGACAUAUCCUGUAGUGGUAUUUCCAAUGCUCUGUAUUUGGACACUUUUAAUGUUUGCUGUAAGCCGCUAUUAGGCCCAGCAGCCUGUUGUGUGGAAGUGGCAUAUAUUUGAACUCAACCAAUCCAUCCAUUCCUGUGGAAGCCCUAGAGGAAUGCAGCCCAAACCCCCUUUGGCUCCGCUAACCCUUUCCUUUCCUUCUCCAACUAGCCUGCUUCCUGGACUCCAUGGCCACCCUUGGCCUGGCAGCCUAUGGCUAUGGCAUCCGCUACGAGUUUGGGAUCUUCAACCAGAAGAUCUGCGGGGGCUGGCAGGUGGAGGAGGCUGACGACUGGCUGCGCUAUGGGAACCCCUGGGAGAAGGCCCGCCCAGAGUACAUGAUCCCUGUGCACUUCUACGGCCGCGUCCAGCAUGACCAUGAUGGCGUGAAAUGGGUAGACACCCAGGUCAGUAGGAAUGAGAGGAGGGUAUCGGAAGGCGGGGUGGAUUUGCUUUGUAUUCUUGUGUUCUUAUAUGGCUUAACCGUCCUGUGACCUUCGGAUGAAGAGUGGCAUAGAAAUUUAAUAAACAAUGAUAAUAAGGAUUCUGCCUCCCCAGUACAAAUAUGGUGUGCGUGUGCUCAGAUGUGCACAGAUGUGCCCUGGUGUUGCUUGCAGGGGCCAGAAAUGGUGCUGAGCUCAUAGCUGGGGAAGCCAAGGCUUCUUUGGGCCCUUGGCAAGGAUCUGAAUUGGCACCUCUGAAGCUUGGAGAGACCAUGGACCAAAACCUCAAUAGGUUUGCUUUUUGUUGCAUUUCGCGUUCUGCCAGUGACUUCCUCCAUGCCCAUCAAGGUUGGGUUUGCUCUGCUCUCUUCCUCCACUUCCUCCUCCAUCGGUCUGCCUGCCUUCUUGCCUCCCUCCUUCCUUUCCCUUCUGCCUCCUUCCUUGCGUCCCCCCCUUCCUGCAACUCUCGCCUCCUGCUCUUUCCUCCCUCUAAGCUCUGCUGGGGCUCUGCCCACACUUUAAAUAGCACCACCAGCCAACUGGGGAGGGGGCUCUACAGGGCUGCUCUGACGGCCCACACCAGCGGCCAGAUUCUUGUGCCCAGAGCAGCCUGGGAAGUGCAGCCGAGUGGGUGAGCUCCUAGUCGCUUUGAGCCAGAGUGGAGAGGUGCAAUUUUUGUACACACACCUUGGGCUUGUGCCCUUGGCAGUGGCCAACCAAGGCAACCUCUAGGUCCGCCCCCCUGCUCCUAGGCCCUCGUAGUCUCUUGCAGGAGUGGGGGUCUUGCUGCUGUGCCCCUCUUAAUCCCAGGCAGCCUGACUAGGUUUGCUGUCUGCUGGUGGGUGCUCAGCAGGGGCCCCCAAGGCCAGUUCAGAACCCUCCCCCUUGCCUUGCAGGUGGUCCUUGCCCUCCCCUAUGACACCCCCGUCCCCGGCUAUCGCAACAACGUCGUCAACACCAUGCGGCUGUGGUCUGCUCGGGCACCCAACGAGUUCAACCUGAAGGACUGUAAGUGGAUUGCAAGCAGCAAGGCCUUGUGUGGCUCAGCAGGCAGAGCGUUUCCUUGGCAUGCGAAAGGUUCCCUGGGUUCAAUCCCCACUGGCAUCUCCACAUGGGACGGGGAACAUCCCCUGCCCCUAGAGAGGCGGGGCCUGUAAGUGUAGACAGUGGACCCAAUAGGCUGACUCAGUGUGGGGCAGCUUCCUGCAUUUCAGAUCUGGAGAAAGUGGACAGAGAAAUGUUUUUCCCUUUCCUAACACUCUGGACAUCCAAAGAAGCUGAAUGUUGGAUUCAGGACAGAUAAAAGAAAGUCCUUCUCCAUGCAGCGUAUAGCUAAACUGUGGAACUCCCUGCCACAGGAAGCAGCAAUGGCCACCAAUUUGGAUGGCUUUAAUGGACAAAUUAAUGGAGGAGAAGCCUAUCGAUGCCUGCUAGACAGGAAGCUCUUUCCUCUUUCACUCCAUAUGUCUGUCUCUCAGUGUGUGUUUGGCUACCGACAAGAACUCUGCAGCAUUUGUGGGUGCAGGCCAUCCUUAGAGGUUUCCUUGCACCUCACUUAGGGGAGGGGCCACCAUAGCUCAGUGGCAGAGCACCUGCUUGGCAUGCAGAACCUCUGCUGGCAUCUCUCCGCUUAAGAAAAGAAUCGGGUGCCAGCAGGUAAUGGGAAAGGCCCCCCUUCUUCCUGCCCGAGACCACCCUGGAGAACCCGGGUGUCAUGCUCUAGGCUGGAUGACCUGCUCUAAGGUGGCUUCCCAUCUCUUAGUGAGCUCCCCUGCUUGGCAUUCAGAAGGUCCCAGGUUCAGUUCCCACCACCAGGUCAGGCUGGGAAAGCCCCUGCUGGUUAGAGCAGGCAGCACUGAGCUGGCUAGAGAAACAGGCUGACUUAUAACCAUAGAACUAUAGAGUUGGAAGGGACACAGGUGGUCAUCUAGUCCAGGCCCCUCCAAGGCAGCUUCUGACAGCUUUGUAUAACUUUUGCCCCGUUUGAAUAGAUUGCAUCCAUCAUCUCUCUCCCUUUCUCUCCCAGUUAAUGUCGGUGGCUACAUCCAGGCAGUGCUGGACAGAAACCUGGCUGAGAACAUUUCCCGGGUCCUGUAUCCCAACGACAAUGUAAGUUCUGUAAUUUCAGUUUCCUGAUGUGUGAGAGAAUGUUCCAGAAAUGUGCAGGUCUAUUCAGGGAGUUGUGGGGAGACUAAUGUAGAGGCCAGACUUGCAUCUGAUACCGCACAUGAUGAGAGCGAGCAGAAGAAAAUAAAAGUCUGAGGUGGUUUCUGAGCCCUCUUCUCCUAUCUAUGCUGGCUGAAGGACCAAGCCCAGGCGCUCCCAGUUUGUGGUCUCCAGUAUUCUCUGGGACGGCCCAGCAUAAAAGUGGUGUGCCUUCCCCGAGCCACUGUUUUCCAGAGCAGCAGUGGGAGUGAGAUGAGGGGGAGAAGGAGACAGGGACCAGCCCUACCAUUGGACAGCGUGGGGCAACCUCCCCAGGCAGCAGGCAGGGCAGCAGAGCUCCCCCUCUUGUUCUUGAGCCCCCAGCCAGUCUUCUCUCGUGCCACCUGGUGUCAGGAGCUGGAGUCAGAAGCAGGGGAGCAUUAAAAAACACUUGGUGUCAGUGAAGUUAGCUCUUUAUUCAAAGAAACCAAAACAGCGCAGGCCUCGUGAUCACAGCAACCCUUCCCGGUAGGUCUUGUCCCAAUGAGGCAGUUGCAAGGACUGAAGGACCCUGCCUUCCCACCACUUCCAGCAAUCUCAGACUUAUUCACCUUGUCUCUCUUCGCUCCGCCCUCUUCGUUUCUCUGUGUGUUUUGGGAGAACGGGGGCGGGGGGAGGGGAGCUGGUUGCAGAAGUAGUGGGGAGACUCCCUGGAAUCUUCAGCAGCCUGCCUCUUGGCCCCCCUCCCAGCUUCCUCUCCUGCCUCUGAGGCUGGAUCUAGACACAUCAAAAAAACGUUUCAGGAAAACACAUAAACUUUAUAUCACGUUGCCGAAAGACGGAACAAAUGCACUGUGAAAUGGUACACACUGGGAGCCCCACUUCCAAAGGUCUUUCUGUUUUCCACCUCUGUUGCUGCUGUUCUGCCUGUUGGUAGAGUGGGAGUGAUUAGAACCCAGGACUCCUGGCUCCCAAUGGGAUCCUGGGCAGCACCUGUCAAUUUCUUGAGAGACGUGGACAAAUUUCAGAAGGGGAGCCCCCUGCUAGGGUUGCCAUACGUCCUCCUUUUCCAGGACACGUCUCUUUUCCAGGUCUGGUUGCCAUACGUCCCCUUUCCCCCCGAACAUGUUCUCUUUUUCAGGAGUAAAAUCUGUCCAGGCAGAUUUUUAAAUUUUGGCAGAAUGUCUGGGGUUUUUUUGUUUGUUUACAGUACCCCAAUAUUUUUUUUCUAGUGCAUUAGACUCAGAUCUAAGGCACCCAGCUAAGCUAGUCUGCCACAGAGAAUCACAACAGGGCAGCAUCUUAAACUAUCUACAUACUGUACUGUAUAAGUCUCUUCUCUUGUGGCUGAACUGAAAGGACAUUGACUCAGCAGCAAGAUAUUGGGGAGGAGUCUGAGAGGGUAAGAGGUAACAGCCCCCUGCCCUUAAGGGCAGUCCAUAUGCACAGUUUAAUAAACUUUUCUGUGCACACUUACGUUCACAAAGAUGUGAAUAUGAGCCCAAGUACUUUCAUGUCGCAAGCGAGGGGACAAUAUGUAUGAUGAUGAUGAUGUUGUUGUUGAAAGUUAAGAGUGCUGUUACUAGCAGUAUAUCACAGCUUCUAUAGCCUACAUACAGUAGGGGUAUUUAAAUGAGAAUCAUCAUAGCGUUCCGUAGUUAAAAGCAGAAGUUGGCAAAUGUGUCCUCUUUUUUGCUCUUCAAAAUAUGGCAACUCAGUAGGUUGUGGGGCCGGGCAGUCAUCUUGCGGUGCCUUAAAAACAAAUGUGGCUUUUGCCCUUAAGUUGCCACAAUGCUCAUCUUUUUGCUUAUGGGAAUGGGGCAGGGGGGCUCCCAGCAGUCACGCUUCCUUCCUCCCCUGCCUUCCUUGUGCUGACCUUUGGGUUCCCCUUGCCUCCCUCCUCCGCAGUUCUUUGAGGGCAAGGAGCUGCGCCUGAAGCAGGAGUACUUUGUCGUGGCCGCCACACUGCAAGACAUCAUCCGCCGCUUCAAGUCCUCCAAGUUCGGCAGCCGUGAUCCCGUCCGCACCUCUUUCGAUGCCUUCCCAGACAAGGUAGCGGGGCUGGUUUCUCUGAUGGGGGCUUGGAGUGCAGGCUGCCCUGGUGUUUGGGGCCAGCAUUGUUGUCAGUCGCCUGCCAAUGUCUCCUCCGCGCCUGUUGCUGCUCCUCUCUGUCCCUUGGGCUCAGCAGAAGUGGCAGCCAGUGACAAGGAUCGGCAGCUGGCCUCCCUUGCUCCCUCGCCUGCCUGUUUUCACUCAGCAGUGUGCAGAGGCCAGAGGGAGAGCCAGGUUCAUCUGGAAAUGGGGGGCUCCUGGCAGUUACACUUCCUCCCUCCUGUGAGGACUCUGCAAUGGGGUGGGAGCAGGGCUAGAUUAACCAUUAAAAGAUAAAGGUACCCCUGACCAUUAGGUCCAGUCGUGACUGACUCUGGGGUUGCAGCACUCAUCUCGCUUUAUUGGCCGAGGGAGCCAGCGUACAGCUUCCAGGUCAUGUGACCAGCAUGACUAAGCCGCUUCUGGCGAACCAGAGCAGCGGACGGAAAUGCUGUUUACCUUCCCGCCGGAGCGGUACCUAUUUAUCUACUUGCACUUUGAUGUGCUUUUGAACUGCUAGGUUGGCAGGAGCAGGGACUGAGCAACGGGAGCUCACCCUGUCAUGGGGAUUCGAACCGCCGACCUUCUGAUCGGCAAGUCCUAGGCUCUGUGGUUUAACCCACAGCACUACCCGUGUCCCUUGGAUUAACCAUUAAGGCAACAUAAUCAUGUGCUUAGGGCACCAAGGGAAGGGAGCCACAGGGCGGCCUUGAUUUCUCCAUUCUGACCUCUCUACCUGAUUCUCUUUUCUUGCCUCCUCCAGGUUGCUAUUCAGCUCAACGACACCCAUCCCUCCCUGGCCAUCCCAGAACUCAUGAGGGUUUUAGUGGACAUUGAGAAGCUGGACUGGGACAAGGUGAGGAGCUGCUGGACUCUAAGCAAUGGUUGGUGCCAGAGCAGGGUGGACGGAUGCAGAAAUCCUUCCCCAUGGAGCUUAUUUAUGUAAAUAAUGUCUAGCCCGCCUUUUCAUGAGGCAGCUUAUGACUAUUUAAAACGACAAUGAAGUCACAAUCAUAAAAUGCAUUUAUAUGACCCGAGCGCUAAAUGAAACGAGACCCAACAGCCAAAGGAAACUCUGACAGCAGGAAGAGGAAUGUUAUGUUAAUGUUGUUGUUUAUUUAUAUGCUGCCUGUCAGGCCAAAACCCUCCCAGAUACACAUAAAUACAGAUACACACAAAAAUACAAUCAUGCAAAUGCAAAUGCUACAAACGAUGCAAAUUCAAAACCUUUCAGCAGUAUAAAAACCAAACACAUCAGUGUUCCUGCUAAAAAGCCAAAGAACAUUCCCUAUCAAAAAAAAAACAUUCAGAGAAGACAAGAAUAUUUAAGAAGCAUCUUCAUCUUGUGAGGGUCCCAGGCAGGGGUCAGUCAAGGCAGGGGGAAAGCUGGUGGCCCUGGGUGGCUCAAGGACCCUCUCGCUCCAGCACCCAUUCUCUAAAGGAGCCCUGCGCUCGGCAAGUGAGGCUCCCUGGCAGGCAGGCAGAGAGAGGGAGGGAGCCAGGCAGGUUUCCCAUAGGAGGGACACCGGGAGAAUUGGUUCUUUCCACAUAAUCCCAGAACAGCUCCUGGGGGCUCCUUGCAGCUGCUCUGAUGUGAGGGACAUGCUCUCUGGAGGUGCUCAAAGAGUGCCUCUGCUUACCCCUUCCAAAAACGAACACAGGAUCCAACACAGACCCCUUCCCCUUGGUAGCUCUGGCUGAAAUGAAACCCUGGGAAAGACUCAGGUCCCGCAGUCCUACCAGGUGGGCAGAGAAACCACAAAAUCAAAAGCCUGGUCAGGCCUGGACCAGCAGGGCAGAAAGGGGUGUGGUGGGAGGGUGGCUUUACUUUGGGCUCCUUUCCUAACAGCUUUUCUAAAAAACAUUGUUGGUAGUAGUGGUAUUGAAGAGGUAUAUUGGCCCUGUGCCCAUGUCCUCCUGUUCCAGGGGCAUGUCAAGGAAACAGGAGGCAGUCCUGUUAGAAACAAGCUUUUAACCAGGUCUCCCUUUCACAGUUGUGCUCCUCCUCACCAGGGAUACCCCAGGGGUUGCAGUGUGGGGUGGGGUUCUCUUACCUGUUUUCUCCAUCACUGUUUUCCGGUCCCUUUUGAAGACCCUGCAGAGCCACUAUCAAUCAGUCAGGCAGCAGGAUCCUCCUGAGCUGGUCCAGCUUGGCUCAAGGGCUGCUGCUGCUGCUCUCUCUCAGUCUCUCUCUCUGUCCCUUCUAGGCCUGGGAUGUCACAGUGCGAACUUGUGCCUAUACCAACCACACCGUGCUGCCAGAGGCUCUGGAGCGUUGGCCUGUCCACCUCUUUGAGGCCCUUCUGCCCCGCCACCUGGAGAUCAUCUAUGAGAUCAACCAGCGCUUCCUCGAUGUGAGUUCAGUAGCCCCGGGUGGGAGAGAAGGGAGGCCACUGGGGGCGGGUGGAGGGGGGUGAGGAGUUGGGAGGAGCCUUCCCUGCACCCUCCCCAGGAGUGGAUGAAACAUUAAGCAAAAUAAGCAUGUGCUUAGGGCAUCGAGGAAAGAGGGCACCACAGAAAUUCCUCGUUGCCAGAUUUUUAACAUGAAUGGUCACAAAUUUGCUCGUCUGAGCAUUCACUUUCUCCACUGAAGUAUAUUAAAAAAUCACAACAGAACAACUAUUGCAACAAAGCAGGCUGGAUGAUACCUUAUCUUACUAUGUAUAAAAGCAGAUAUGUGAUGUAAGAUUUGUUUUUGAAGAUCUGAUCAAAGGUUUUGCAAUUGGAAAAAAUAAUUAUUUUCAAAUAUAAAUAUUGCAGUCAUAUAAGACUCACAGUUUUACCUCCUAGACAAUGUAAGGCGGAAAACUGCAAAUGUAAGGGCUUUCUGUUAUGGAGCUGAAUGCAAGGCAUUGUCGCUAUGAGCUAUCUCAGAAGCCAGAACAGCAAGAGGGAUUGCUGCUUUAACACCGUAUACAGUUGCAACUGACUCGGAGCAACUCCAUGCUGUGUGCUGGCCUUUUUGAGAUUCUAGAAUACUUUUGUGACUUGUUUUCGCUCUUCCAAAACUAGAUGCGUCUUGUGGUCUGGUGCAUCUUAUAGAGUGAAAAAUACGGUAUUUUCAAAUAUAAAUAAAGUGCAAGUACACAAGCAUUAUUUUCCUUCUUACUGUGGGUUCCAUUUCAUUUUGAAAAAUAAAAAUUACAUUUUGCAGGUUAUUAUUGUUCAUAUUUUGAAAUAGGUAUAUAUGAGGGCACCAAAAUCUUUAAGGUGCAUAGGGCCUCUAAAGGUCUUAAUCUGAUGCUGGCCCUUCAUCUACCUCUGGGGAAGGAGCUCGAGGGCUGAGUAAGGAAGGCACCCCUCAGGUCACUUCCAGUCAGUGCCUGAAUUGUUGGGCAACAGAAAACUGGGGGGCCCUGAAUGAACACACUCCUCUCCCCACUCUUUUUGCUAAAUCAUCUCUCUCUCCAGUAGCAUUUUAAAAGCAAAGCGGUCAGGGGGGGUUUGGUUCCACUUCCUCGAAUUCAGUGUUUCCCAAACUUGGGUCUCCAGCUGACUACAAUUCCCAUCAUCCCUGACCACUGGUCCUGCUAGCUAGGGAUGAUGGGAGUUGUAGUCCAACAACAGCUGGAGACCCAAGUUUGGGAAACCCUGCUCUAAUUCAAACCCUGGUUCUGUGCUUGAAGUUUUGGGCUUGGAGCAGAGAUGGCAGGGAGGGGAUGGGCCCAAUAAAUGGGAAUGGGUGUUAAUGUCUUCUUUGGGGUGCCCUUCUGUCCCUGCAGAAAGUCUAUGCCAAGUUCCCCGGGGACCUCGACCGCAUGCGCCGCAUGUCUAUGGUGGAGGAAGGCAGCGUCAAGCGCAUCAACAUGGCCCACCUCUGCAUCGUGGGCUCCCAUGCUGUCAAUGGCGUGGCUCGCAUCCACUCUGAGAUCCUGAAGGCCACCGUGUAGGUACUCUGCCCCACGACAGGCAGGCUUCACCCCCCUUUCCUUUCCUGCCCUCUUCUGGUCCCGUGACACAUUGUUGGGUGGCUGUUAUGAACAUAUGAAACUGCCAGAGUGUUGGUCCAUCAAAUCCCACAAGUGCCUCUAACUGCAGUUCUCCUCUUACUCCUCUUCCAGGUUUAAAGACUUCUAUGAGUUUGAGCCUCACAAAUUCCAGAACAAAACCAACGGCAUCACCCCCCGUCGCUGGCUGGUCUUGUGCAACCCAGGGCUGGCUGAAAUCAUUGCCGAGGUGAAGAUAAGCAGGAUGAGGCCCUCCCUGCUGGCUUUGCUAUUUCCCCUAUUUGGCCAAAUGCAAAGUCUUGGAGGUUUCGCUUGAAAAACAAACAAAGAAUUUUGGGCCGGUCGGCUCCCACAUUUGAUUCGCUUGCUAAAAUAUGGACGUUUAGUCUCUUCAAUGGCAUUUUAAUGCAAUAUUCUCAAUUACAGUUGGAUUAAGGCUGUGUGUGUGUGUGUGUGUGUGUGUGUGUGUGUGUAAAGGUGGAAGUAUUGAUUUUUUGAAAUCUGUUGGAUAUAAAAUUCUUAACUACCCCUCCACUUGGCAUUAUAGAAUCAAAUUAAUUUUUGCAUCCAUACCUUUGAGUUUGUGUGCUAGUUUUCUUCUGGCUUAAGGGACCCCUCCUCAUGUGGAAGCCCAAAUCGCAGAUCAGCUGGCCAAACUGGGCCUGCCAUUAAUUGCUGUGUUCGGAGUGUGUGUUUGUGCGUGUGUGUGGAAUUUAACCCUUUCUCUCUCUGCCUCCCCAAAGACUGCUAUUUGCAUUUUAAGGGAAGCUUCCUCUCAGUUUGCAGGUUUCCAUAACAAAACACAUGCCCAUCAGCUGCACUCCUGCAAUUAACUGUCACAUCCCAUUUGGUCCUGAGAUGAGCUGGCUGUGGCUCUUACAUGGCACAUCAGAAAGACCCUCUGCAUGUGGCCUGGUGGUGCUUUCGAUGAUUAUUUCACACCUUCCCUGAUCAGAGCGUUGAAAACCAGGGAUAGGUUUGGCCUUAUGUGAAGCCUUGGGACACUUGUAAAUCUUACUGUUCCGACAGGAGGGGUGAGGGAAAGCGGCCACAGAGGGGAGAGGAGGGAGUGCCUCUCCUGAUUGCUGUUGCCCCACACUCCACACUUCCUGGGGGGCUUGUGGUGAGUUUUCUCUUCCCAUUUCCUCCUCCAGCGCAUUGGGGAAGACUACAUCUCCGACUUGGAUCAGCUGAAGAAACUCCUGAACUUUGUGGAAGAUGAAGGCUUCAUCCGGGACAUGGCAAAAGUCAAACAGGUGAGGAAUAAGGGUUCCAUGGGCCAGGGCUGGGCUGGUGGUAGUAGUUUGAAAAACAGUCAGGAACUGGGAGCUGAAAGGCCAAACAUUCAAGGCACACACAAGAGCUCAGGUAGACUGUGUUGCCCAAGGGAGGCUCAACUGCCAAGUAAGGAAGUCCUUUUAUCCUCCUUCCUGCCCAGGAUGAACCAAUGGGCAGCUGGGGUGGGUGGAGCCGCUCUGGAGAUUCCUUCCCCGGGAAGAAGCUGCAGUUAUCCAACCCACCACAAGGGGCUGUGGUCAGCAGUACCCUGACACUCUGUGAGCGCAUGUAUGUAAACUGUAACAAGCCUCUCGUGUCAUGCUGGCGCCCAGAAGACCCCCCUCCUGCCUGUUUGGCGGACUGCCUCCUUUCCCAAGGGAGAGGCUGGAUUCUUUGUCCUUCACUGGAAUUCAGUGGGAAUCAAGCUGAUGCUCAGAGGUGAGGGUAGGGUUGUUACCCAUCCUGUAUAAUAUAGGAUUGUCCUGUAUUUCAAUGUAAAAUGCUGUGUCCUGUAUUGAUUCAACACAGGACGUAGUUCGUCACGUAUUUCUGUUUUGCCGAUUCAUAUUCUCUCUCUCUUUUCUGUUGUGAGAGAAUGGCGGCUGUUUCGGUUGCGUGAUUUCGCACUGCACUGCAAAAGUACCCAAAAGUACUUUUUUCACACACACUGCCCGCAAAUGCGCAUUUGGAGGCAGUGCACAGAAUCGUGGGCCUGGAACAAAAGCAAUUUUUUUUGAGGGGGGGGAAUUGACCCGCAAAAUCACAUGAGAUCAUGUCAACCCAAAUGGCCUCUGUGCUCUUUUGAUUAAAAAAAAAAGGGAUGUCCCGGUCCAGGACAUUUGCGGGCUAUGCAGUCCCCCACCCUGUCCUGUUCUGUAUUUGGUGCCCCCCGAUAAUGUGCCCCCCUCUUUGGCAGAAGAGAGUCACUGGAUAGGGGGUUGGGGGGAUGUAAUGCAGUUUGAGAAUCUGGAAUCAAAAGUCUUGCUCUAGUAAGGAGCAAUAGCCCUUUUGUUAAAUCAACUGAUUUUACAACAGGAUAAAACGGGUUGGGCCCUGUGGUGUUUCUCUUGCGUCCGCAGUUGUGUUUUUGUGGGUGUGCUCUGGGAAAACUCACACCCAUCUGCCUUCCCUCCCACAUCAGGAGAACAAGCUGAAGUUUUCUGCCUACCUGGAGAAGGAGUACAAAGUGAAGAUCAACCCCAACUCGCUCUUCGAUAUCCAGGUGAAGAGGAUUCAUGAGUACAAGAGGCAGCUGCUCAACUGCCUCCACAUCAUCACUCUCUACAACCGUGAGUAGGGGGCUCUGCCUAUUCUGACCCCCUUGAUGUCCCCUUCCCCUGGGGGAAGUGGGGACACCCACCCACAAACUCCUAAUUUCCGCAUUUUGGGACUGGUUGGGAUUAGGGUUGGGAACUGGCGGCUCCACGUUGAUUCCAGCCACCAGGGAGGGGGCUGAGUUGAGUGGUCACCAGCCCCCCCCUCUCCUGGAAGGGCUGAGAAGGGGGGCGGGUGUGCUGUAGAGAGAAGGAGAGUCAGGAGCAGUGCUAUUUUUCUAGAAAAAGAGGAGCCGGAACUCAUCAUGAAUGCCUCCCUCGUUCUCUUAUACAGCUGUACCUUGGUUGUCGAACUUAAUCCAUUCCAGGAGUCUGUUUGACUCCUGGAACUGUUCGAAAACCAAGGCGCGGUUGGCUGCAGGAGAUUCCUGCACUCAAUCGGAAGCUGCGGAAGCUGCGUCAGACGUUCGGCUUCCCAAAAACAUUCGCAAACUGGAACACUCACUUCCAGCUUUGCAGCAUUCGGGAGCCAAAACGUCUGAGUACCAAGGCGUUUGAGAACCAAGGUACGACUGUAAUGGCAAUGGCUGUCUGUGGACAAACGCCGGCUCCCUCGGCCUGAAAAGCGAGAUGAGCGCCACAAGCCCAUAGUCACCUUUGACUGGACUUAACCAUCCAGGGGUCCUUUACCUUUUUAAAAUAAUGUGCAGUGUUUCAUUGUUUUAAAAAAUGUGGAAAGAAUCAGCUGGAGCGGGGGCUGAUGAGGGCUUGCCCAAGGCAUUUUGAUGCCUGCACAAUUUAAUGCGCAGAAGUCGGCUCAGCAUUGUCUGGGAAGCACACAUGAACACAUACACACUGAUACUGUCCUCCAACACUGGCUACAGCCAACCAGCGCUUUGGUGCCUGUAAAGUUAAUUAAUGCUGUCAUGUUAAUUAAUGGGGGUUGUGGGAAGGCUGGUUCCCCCUCUCCCCCCUUCUGUGGCCCUAGGCCUCUCCUUCCCCAAAGCUGGGAUGGGGCAGCGCCAGAGAGAACCUCCUUUACCUCCUUUCUGCUGCCAAGCAUUAGAGGGAGAGUUUGGGCAACCUGGUGAAAUCUGGUGGUGUGGGGGCAUUGCAGCUCCCUGAAUCUGGAGCAGGAGGUCCCAGAGUGUUGCUGUUUGUUUCACCUUUUUCUCCUCCCUGCAGGGAUCAAGAGGGAGCCAAACAAGCAAUUUGUGCCACGGACGAUCAUGAUUGGAGGCAAAGUGAGAGCCAUGAGCGGUGCAGGGUGGGGGUGACAAGUUCUGGGGGGUUGUUUUAUGGGUGAGGGUGGCAUGUCUGGAGAGGGGUGGGGCAGAUAGGAAGGAAAGGGUUGGUUGGUGCCUUGUAUGCCCCCUUCCUGCAACUCCUGCAGCCAAGCUGGUGCCAAAUGUCUUGCUCUGCUUUCCUUUGGACCACAUCAGCGAGACCAAGAGGGGGGCCUUGUCGUCUGGGCAGCCCAGGACCUCCAUACACCCUGCCCAGGCUUGCGUCCCAGGGAGGUCACUUUGGCAUAGAUAAGGCAGAGGUUUGACUUCACCCCCGAAGGCGCACUCCAUUGUCUCUCGAGACAGAUGGAUGGCAACAAGAAGUUUGGGCCCAUUUCUCCCACCUGUUACAGUCAUCUUAAAUCUUCCCUUCCGCAUAGGCUGCCCCCGGUUACCACAUGGCCAAGAUGAUCAUCAAACUCAUCACGUCCAUUGGGGACAUUGUCAAUCACGACCCCGUCAUCGGAGAUCGGCUCAAGGUCAUCUUCUUAGAGAACUACCGUGUCUCGCUGGCUGAAAAAGGUAACUCAGGGGCCAGGGUGGGCUUGCGGGAUUCUGUCAGCUGACCAGCUUCACCCCACCUGGGCUCAUCUGGGGGCUGGGAUGUCAUUAUCCUUCGAAAUUUGCGAUGAAGGCUUCUGCCUGAAAUGCGCACCAAGACGCAUUGCAAUGCAUAUUUUAGAAUGUGUUUAGAAAUGCAUUCAUCAAGAUUAAAAAAAAAUUCAAUAUGUUUUGUGAUAAUAUAUUUUAGUACAAUUUUUUUAUUUCGUAAAAUUUGUACGCUGCUUGAUGGUUUUUUUAAAACAAACAAACCUCAAAGUGGUUUCAGAUGAAAAAGAUUGAAAUUAUCAUUAAGAAAAAUUAAAAACAAGUCUUGAAAACUUUCAGAAAGUUAAAGUAACAAAACAGAUUAAAAUCUGCAUUGACUUUCUAAAAAAUCAUGGGGAUUGAAAACAACCACCACACACACACACACGAAAUUUGCAGAUGGAUGUGCAAACGCGACGGGAUGGAGUUCUUAUAAAUGAGCCCGUCUGUGAUUGACAUAGGCUGGAAAGGAGGAAGAUCUCCCCAUCUCUUGGGUGGGCUCCUCCUGUCCCUUUGUGUGACAACCUCUGGGCUCCCCACUGAACCCCCCCUCCUGCUUUCCCUGCAGUGGUCCCUGCCUCCGACCUCUCGGAACAGAUCUCCACAGCUGGCACAGAGGCCUCUGGCACCGGGAACAUGAAGUUCAUGCUGAACGGGGCGCUGACAAUUGGCACCAUGGAUGGUGCUAACGUGGAGAUGGCCGAGGAGGCUGGCGAGGAGAACUUCUUCAUUUUCGGCAUGCGGGUGGAGGACGUGGACGAGCUGGACAGGAAGGGGUGAGUGUGCCAGUCGGGGUUGCUCAUUCUGGGCCCCAUUGACCUUCCUUGGCUCCUGGGCUUCUUCUGCCCGGUCUUCUGGCCUUUGCUGUGAUUUCAAAGUGCUCAAAGGGGCCGUACCAUGAGGGCAAGGAGGCAAAGGCCAGCCCUGUUGUUAGAGAUUUAAAUGCCUAUAUAGUUUCAGACCCAUCUUAGUCCAGCUUCCCUCUUUCUCACAGCAACCCACUAGUUUCCGAGCACAAUUCGAAGUGUUGGUGUUGACCUUUAAAGCCCUAAACGGCCUCAGUCCUGUAUACCUGAAGGAGAGUCUCCACCCCCAUCGUUCAGCCCGGACACUGAGGUCCAGCGCCGAGGGCCUUCUGGUGGUUCCCUCAUUGCGAGAAGUGAGGUUACAGGAAACCAGGCAGAGGGCCUUCUCGGUAGUGGCGCCCGCCCUGUGGAACGCCCUCCCUUCAGAUGUGAAGGAAAUAAGCAGCUAUCUUAUCUUUAAAAGACAUCUGAAGGCAGCCCUGUUUAGGGAAGUUUUUAAUAUUUAAUGCUGUAUUGUUUUUAACACUCGAUUGGGAGCUGCCCAGAGUGGCUGGGGAAACUCAGCCAGAUGGGCGGGGUAUAAAUAAAUUAUUAUUAUUAUUAUAGUUGCUCCUGGGAAGGCUAUGUGGGAGAUGAGCACAGGAGGCCUCUAUCAAUGUUGUUCAUGAGUGAGCGCUCUUCAGGGCUAGACUGCCACUGGUGCUGGAGGUGCCACAGCCAUCACUGAAAUCAUUAUCCUGAACUAAGAACAUGUGGAAGGCCUGGGAGGGUGUGGAUACUACACACGCUCCAAGUUAAAUUCUGCCCUUUCUCCUCGCCCCCUGCCCCGCAGCUACUGUGCCAAGGACUACUAUGACCACAUCCCUGAGCUGAAGCAAGUUAUUGACCAGCUGAGCAGCGGCUUCUUUUCUCCCAAGCAGCCGGACCUCUUUAAGGACAUUGUCAACAUGCUCAUGUAUCACGACAGGUGAGAUGGCUGGGGAUUGGGGUGGGUGAGUGCUGCUGCCCUGCUUUCCAGAACACUCUGGAGGCCUCAGCGCUGCCAAAUUCUUCCUUUCCAUCUCUUUUUGCGGUGCUUCUGCUGCUCAAGGUGCGUCUUGCCUUGUCCGCCCCACAAACAAAUGAAACGAACCUGGCCUGGGCGCUGGUCACAAGGCAUCCUUUCCCACCUUUUGAGAGAGGGGAGCUUCAGGACCAAACACACCCGAUGCUCACUCAGGGGUGGGCAAGAUCGCAAUCUCCCCUGCCCCUUCAUGGGCCACAUUCAACAGGUGUGGACUUGUAAAUUUGGAAGGGACCACGAGGGUCAUCGAGUCCAACCCACUGCAGUACAGGAAUAUUUCUCCCCAACCUGGGACUCGAAUCCAUCACCCUGAGAUUAAGAGCCUCGUGCUCAACCAACUGAGCUAUCCUGGGAGGACCACCCACCUGCCAAUCACCUGAUGUAGCAAUGAGGUCAGACUUCAAAGCAGUGGUGGUGUGGGAGGGGUUGCCAGGAGUCCUGGGUGCUCCUUUGAAGUCCGGCCAGCCAGCUGGCUUCCUGCAGGGACUGGCUGUGGGCUAAGAGUUGUGGGCUGUGUCUCUGCCUGCCCCACACCUGCCAUUACCUGUAACUUUUUUGGGGGCAGGGGUGUGUGUGGAAUAGCCAGAGGCUCUUCACUCCUGGGCUUAAUGCUUAGAACCAAAGUGUGUGUUGGGUUGUUUUUUUUGCCCAUCUAGUCCAGCAUCCUGUUUUGCCCAGUAACCCAGCAGAUGCCCCCCAUCAGAACCCGAGUGCCACAGCUCCCUCUCCCCACUUGUGAUACCCAACUGGCAUCCAGAGGCCAGUGAAUUUGUUUCAUCCUCUCUUUGUUCAAUUCCACUGUACCUUUUGGGGAAAACCUUUCACCUUUUGUUUUAAUUGCAGGCAAAGGUUGUGGCACGUGGGAUGGGGAUGGGGAUCCUUAUUGGGAGAAAGAUUAUCCUCCCCCCACCUAAAAAAGUGGCUAUGAAACCAUUUUUUUUCUAAGCUCAUGUUGGGUAGGGGUGGAGUUUGGUCCCUGGCAUGGCUGGGAAGAGAGAAGCUUCCUCUCCCUCUAUUUUCUGGUCUGAAUAACAGUGCCCCCCCAUGCACCUAUAGUUAAUGAAAGAAAAGUGGAAAACUCCCAUCUCCCCCUGGUCUUCUGUUAGGGCCACUAUUUGCCCAGCAGGUGGCAGCCUAAAGUGGCACUGGCUGGCCGAGGGAGGUGGGAAAGAGCAAUCCCCUCCAAAUCCUAUUCCUGAGCUGACGUUUCAUCUUUCCCAGCACUGGCCCUCCAUGGGUGUGGAAACUGUUCAUGGCUUACACUUUCCCAAAUGUUGUGAUAGCCUGUAGUUGUAACUCCUGGGAUAGCUCAGUUGGUAGAGCCUUAGGCUAUUAAUCUUAGGGUCGUGGGUUUGAACCCCACCUUGGGCAAAAGAGUCCUGCGUUGCAUCAUAGAUAGGCAGCCCUCGUGAGCCCUUGCAAUUCUACAAUCCUAUGAUUCCACAGGCUUUGCUGGGAUUUGCUGGGUGCAGAUUGUCAGCUUACAGGAUGUACUUUGGAUUCUCUGUGUGUGAGGAGGAGUUGUUUUGUGGCUGCUCCUGUUACCCUAGUGGCUGGGGUGUGUGUGACUGUGUGUGUGCGUGCGCACGCUUAGAGGCAAGAGGGCAGCAGGGACAGCACUGGAGGUGUAAAUGACUAUCGGACUUUGAAAAGCUGGUACCACUGGAUCAAGUCCAUCACUUAUGUUGGAUUAAUUAAAUGAAAGAGUUUUAACUGGAUUUUGAAUAAAUGCGCAACCCAUCGCCACUGCUUUGAAUUGCGUUGUUAUGCUUCUCUCCCCUCCCUGUAGGUUCAAAGUCUUUGCCGAUUACGAGUCCUACAUCAAAUGUCAAGAAAAGGUCAAUGCUCUUUAUAAGGUGAGGCGGUGCCCCCCACAUGCCCAAUGGUGGUGGGAUGGGGACGACGCUGGUGAAAAAGGACUGUUGCCGUGUGCAUGUGUGUUUCAUUGAUCAGGUGUCAAUGCCAGAUGUGCUGAAUGACAGGGGAGCCAAGCAGUCUCAACCUCAACCGUUGCUCUUGUGACUGUCACCCCAGCCUGCUGCUUAGUAUCUCCCUUGCAUAACUCCUAACUCCAGGCCUAAAACCCAAACCUAAAACACUGGCGUUGUCUUUCAAACUGACUCUUGGUGGAGGGAGGGAGUGUCAUGCACUGGUUGGACACAAGAGGAAUGGGAAGAAGGCUCAGAGCCCGGGGAGUGGUGUUGGGACAGCAAGGAGAGGUCAGAGGGAGAAGACUGCAAAGAGGCAACAGGGCUUAGUGAGCUGGGAGAGUCGGUGGCAGAAAGAAGUCCAGAAUCAGAGGCAGAAGCUGAAGAAGAUGAGUGGGAGGCCAAAGCGGCAGAGAUGAUUAAAUUCUAACACCUAUUACACCUAGGGCUUUAGGGUGUCUCGCACCCACAAACUCAUAACAAUACGAAUCCCAACUUUAAAAGGAAAUCCUUGUAGCUGAACCUCUGGCCGCAGGAGGCCCCUAGAGCUGGUCCUCUCCAAUAGUUUGGGAACAAUUUGGCAGGGGUGCCCAGGUGCCCACACACUGAAAUGUGUGUGUGGGGGGAGGCUCCCUUCUUCCCUCUCAUGAUUCGCUGCUUUGAUCUCCCUCCGCAGAACACCAAGGAGUGGACCAAGAAGGUGAUCAGGAACAUUGCUUGUUCCGGAAAGUUCUCCAGCGACCGCACCAUCGCCCAGUACGCCCGUGAAAUCUGGGGUGUUGAGCCCAGCCGCCAAAAGAUCCCCGCCCCCGACGAGCCUCGGGAGUGAAGGACCCCCCCUCAUGUGCCAUCAGCAACUUCAACGGGGCAGCUCAAAAUCAAUGGGUCCCUCACCCCCCUUUUUCAUCUGGCUCCAAAUGUACAAUCACUUUUUCUUGUAGGGGGAAGGAGGUCAAAGGAGGAGAUUGUUUUUCUGUCUAGGUUCCCCCUCUCCCCAUUUUAGAAUCUGCCCCAUAGGAGCUGUGGGCAGGUAAUUCAGCCCAGUCCCCCUUCUCCCCCCUUCCUGCCAUGCUCUGCUAUUUAUUUUAAGGGGGGGUCCACACCUUAAUUUUAAAACCCAUCUCUGCUUCUGAAGCCCUCCUUUUGUUCAAAGGGUGAGGGGUGUCUAUGGCUUCCCUGCUUUUUAAGGGGGCUUCUCUGUCCCAUUUUUAUCCUCAAGGGAUGUAUUGCUGGGUAGGGAGGGAGGAUUUUAUCUCCUCACUUUUAAAGCAGCACUUGGCCUGUUUCGUUAAAAUGGGGCAACAAGGCUCCUGGAGGGGAGAGGGCGCCAAUAAUAAUAAAGGUUUUAAAAACUAUUGUCAGCCGCAGGAAUGUAUUUUUACAGGGGGGUGGCCGGAUACUUGUGCAUUCCUGGAGCAUCUUCCUCUGAGCAGGGUGUAAUGUGGAGUGGGACGGAUCCCCACUGUUAAAUCUUUUAUUAUUUCAAGAUGCAGAACCACCAGGGUCACUCUAAGCAAGGUGGGAUUAGACCAGGGGUCGGCAAACUUUUUCAUCAGGGGGCCUGUCCACGGUCCCUCAGACCUUGUGGGGGGCCGGACUAUGUUUUGAAAAAAAAAACACGAACAAAUUCCUAUGCCCCACAAAUAACCCAGAGAUGCAUUUUAAAUAAAAGGGCACAUUCUACUCAUGUAAAAGCAUGCUCAUUCCCAGACCGUCCUUGGGCCAAAUUUAGAAGGCGAUUGGGCCGGAUACAGCCCCCAGGCCUUAGUUUGCCUACCCAUGGAUUAGACUCUGAAGAUUCAGGGUUGAUCUGAAAAUGAGCGAGGUGGGGUGCAAUGGGGGGAGAGGGGAAUUAUUAAAGGAAGCCCCGAGGGUUUGCCUAUCACCAGAGAAUCAGACAAAUCUGUCCUGCAGCUGGGAGAGGAUGUAUGUGUCCGUCCAUUGGGGGUGGGGGCUGCAUUUUGUGUUCCUAAUCCUGCCUCCCCCAUAUCUACAGCGUUCUUCCAUUCUCACACCUGACAACCCAAAAGCCCUCUUACUCA